AUGGAGAUGGCCGAGAGAGUACUGCUGGAGACCCUGGCCAUGCUGGGAGAAAGGGAGCUGCAGAGAUUCAAGGACAAACUGAGUGAAAUCCAGCCGAAGGAGGGAUACCAACAUCUCCUCUCUGGGAGCCUAAGAAACGCGGAUCCUCCAGCCCUCACGGACCUGCUCCUCCUUUUCUAUGGGACGGACUAUGGGGCAGAGGUGGCUGCGGAGGCGCUGAGAGCCAUUGGCCAGGGAGCCCUAGCAGAGAGAAUUGAGAGACUCAUUGAGGCACUGAGACGUGAGAAACAUUAUUUCGAGUGGCAGCAAAAGCAGCUGAAGCAGCUUCGCUACGUGAGAAUACCUCUCCUGCCUAGGAAAAACACACUGAACGAUGAGCAAUACCAGACGAUCAGAGCUGAGAAAACCAGCCAGGAGAAGAUGCGGAAGCUGUACGAGCUGGUGCCGGGCUGGAACAAAUGGCAGAAGGACCGGCUCUACCAGGCACUGAAGAGAACAAACAGAGACCUGGUUGAAGAGCUGAAGGGGGGACACUUUGUUGACUGGCACCGGGAGCAGCUGAUCCAGCGAGUCUCAGAAGUGGACGGAGUCCUGAAGCUACUUCGUGGGCACACGCUAACCCCUGAGCAAUACCAGAGCAUCAGCACCGGGAGAUCCAACGUGGAGAAAAUGCAGAAGCUGUACGAGCUGGUGCCGAGCUGGGGGAGGGAGCACAAGGACUGGCUCUACCGGGUACUGUGGAUAACAAACAGAGCCCUUGUUGAUGAGUUUGCAGGUGUGGGUACCCGAGUGCAGAAGCCGUCCACCAGCCCCAGCCCUGGAGCUAAACAGGAACAUUUUGUGGAGCGGCAUCGGGAGCAGCUGAUUCAACACGCCUCUUCAGUUGACACAAUCCUGGGUGUGCUGAGGUGGAGCCAUUACCCGUUGGACGCGAUGCCGCCGUCCGUGGGGCUGGAGACAACAAACAAAAGCCUCCCUGAAGAGCCAGAGGCAUCGAAGCGACGUACUGGCAGGGGUGGACUCCUCCGGAAUUGGCUGUACAUACUGAACGAUGAGCAAUACCAGACGAUCAGAGCUGAGAAAACCAGCCAGGAGAAGAUGCGGAAACUGUACGAGCUGGUGCCGGGCUGGGACAAACUGCAGAAGUACCGGCUCUACCAGGCGCUGAUGGAAACAAACGGAGACCUGGUUGAAGAGCUGGAGGGCGUGGAUACCCGAGCGCAGAAGCCGUCCACCAGCACCAGCCCUGGAGCUAAACGGGAACAUUUUGUGGAGCGGCAUCGGGAGCAGCUGAUUCAACGCGCCUCUUCAGUUGACAGAAUCCUGGGUGUGCUGAGGCGGAGCCAUUACCCGUUGGACGCGAUGCCGCCGUCCGUGGGGCUGAAGAGAACAAACAAACGCCUCCCUGAAGAGCCAGAGGGACAUUCAGGUCACAUGGACUUUCCUCAUGAUGAAAUUGACUUUGAAGAACUGAUAUCAGCAUCAGGAUUCACCAGUGAAGAGACUGAAUCCCACUCUAGUUCUGAUGCAGAGAUAAAGGCGGCAAGAAGGGCAUGUUGGGGGACAGACAGGGAGCUGAGUGUAGACAGCCGAGACGACCCUACCACGGCAGGGACCAGUUGCCUUCCUCCAGUGCAACACGACUCCAUGAGGAACCAGGGCCCCGUGUCUUACGCCUCCAAGGCUCACACUGUGUUCCCGGGUGAGGGCAGCCAAGUCACUGGACAAGCCCAUCACAGUCUUGCCCCCACUGGACAUUCAGGUCACAUGGAAGUUCUUCAUGAUCAAAUUUCCGCUGAAGAACUGACAUCAGCAUCAGGAUUCACCAGUGAAGAGACUGAAUCCCACUCUAGUUCUGCUGCAGGGAUAAAGGCGGCAAAAGAUGAGACCAGCCGGAGUCAGAGUCCCACUGCCUGCCUCAGAGGACAGCACAAAUGUAACUGGUGUUCCAGAGAGGAAGAGGUCUCAGACCCAGUCUACAGGGGAGCAGCCACCCUCCAGCCCUCCUACAUGGGUCCUGAUGUUGGCUUACCUAGGACCCAUGAAGCUCAGCUCCAGCGUGAGGCUCUGCCCCUGAGAUCCAAUUAUUGGUGCCCCAAAGUUGCAGACUGGCCCAGUGGCCCUACUUCAGCCAGCAGCAGGAACAGAAAGCUGUCUGAAUGACUGGACUCCACUCUGGAAUGUGUGCAUUGUGCUCCUUGAUUUCCUGACAGCCAGAUCCAGCUUGACUCUUCAUAUCAGGCUUAUGAUUCCUGACCUCCAGUUUGUCUCCUGCUUCUGAUCUCUUGGUAUCCUGACCCAGCUGGCUCAUGUCACCUGUCUUGUGACUGUAGACUGUGGCUCUGACCACUAGGUCUGGCUGCCCACCACCCAGCUGUCACAGCUGGAUUCAACAGGAGCUGCAUGCACCUGCUCAACGCUCAAACACUGAGCCUGCUCCCCAGAAACAACCCCUCACUUGUUCAAUUUUACAAUUCCUUCACUCUCUCUGUUACAUCC